UUCGUUCAAGGGGAUGAAAGAAAGAAAAGCGAAUGCACAAUAAUCUCUAGUGAGCAACGGUGCACGGUGACCGAGUUUUGCCUGGAAUUUUCCGCCGCUGCAUUCAGUAGCUAGCAGUAGCGGUUGUCGUUGCGUGGGUGGUACCUUUGUGUUUUCCGCGGAAAAAGAUCUCUUCGCUAUACCCGUGGGGUCGAAGACUAGUCGUUGGACUUGUUUUCCAUAUCAGUCUUGAGUGAUUGCCAAGUUAGCCAAACUGCAUAUUCUGCGUAGUUGUUUCGAUCGCGUAAGUGAAACCCGCACAUAGCACCUUCUUCGCAUCUGCAGCAGACAUCAGCAAGAUGAGCAAGCAUAUGUACACAACGGCGAACCUUUCGGAUGUUGAGCUGAAGGAUCAAGGCAAUCGGUUAUUCACCGCACGCAAAUACGACGAUGCUGUAAAUCUCUACACAAAAGCGAUCAUCAAAAACUCCACGAAUGCCACCUACUUCACCAACCGAGCCCUGUGCCACAUUAAAAUGAAGCGUUGGGAAACGGCCUGCAGCGACUGCCGGCGUGCGCUCGAUAUGGACCCGAACCUUGUCAAGGGUCACUUCUUCCUCGGGCUCAGUCUGAUGGAGCUGGAAUCGUUCGACGAAGCGAUCAAGCACCUGCAGCGGGCCCACGAUCUGGCCAAGGAGCAGAAGCUCAAUUUUGGCGAUGACAUUGCAUCCCAGCUGCGCCUGGCACGCAAGAAGCGGUGGAACAUACAGGAGGAGAAACGCAUCUGUCAGGAAAUAGAACUGCAGUCUUAUUUGAAUAGACUAAUUACCGAGGACAUGGAAAAUCGGCUAGCCAAGCUGAAGGUGGACGAUACGAUCAACGAAGAAACGCUGAAGGAAAAAGUCCAGGAAAUAGAACGAGAAGGCGAAAAUCACAUGACUGAGUUGAAUAAUAUCUUCGCCAAAGUUGACGAUAGACGGCGGAAACGCGAAGUACCUGAUUACCUUUGCGGUAAGAUCAGCUUCGAGCUGCUGGUGGAUCCCGUCAUUACCCCGUCCGGGAUGACCUACGAACGGAAGGACAUCGAGGAGCACCUGCAACGAGUCGGCCACUUCGAUCCGGUGACGCGCGUCAAGCUUACGCAGGACCAACUGAUAUCGAACUACUCGAUGAAAGAGGUGGUCGAUGCGUUCCUCCAGGAGAACGAAUGGGCACUGGACUAUUAAAAAGAGCAUUCAAUGGUGUUUCCUAAAGCGAUAAGAUAUGCAGUAUCCAUAUAUCAUAUCCUCACUACACACCACACGUCCAACCAAUACUACUUCUCCGUUUUAUUUUAUCUAUUAAUCCACUUUCGUAGAAUUGCCCUUCGUUUUGGUUGAUAUAUCAGUCUUUCGUUUCAGACAAGGACUUAAGUACUACAUUUCCCGACAUGAGUUAACGGUGUGAACUAAUGGCGUUGGUUAAUACAGUAGAAAAAGGGUAUCGUUUGUCCGCGUUUUGUGACCAGAGGGCGCACUGGGUUCUUCCGUUUGCAUACUCUUCUGGCCUGGAGCCGAUUACUUUCACGGGAAUGUGAUUUAAAACUAGUGGUAAGAGAAGUAAUGUACAGUUAAUUAGUGUUAGCAGUAUGUCCGCAUGCUAUCGGUCAGCUCCCGUUGCUCAACAACGUUGGCAAACGAUACACCGAGGGAAAGCGUGUGUUUUAAGCAAAUUUGAAUGAAUGCAGUUUUGGUUAGAAGAUAAAACGAUAUUGAUAUAAUCCCAAAAAUGUUCGAUCAUAAAAAGAUAGAAUCCAAAAACGCUUCAAACAGUUCCACUUGUAGCAAGUUGUUUGGGAUUGAUUUCGGGGAAGUUUUCUAAGCUGCUCAUACCGACCUGCCGAUGCGUUCUGGCGUGAGGUGAAACCGUUUAGGAAUUUGGCGCAGAGCUGACAUAUCUUUUUACAAGCUUCCCAGAAUAGUAAGAUACAAAAUUAUGGCUUCAGUACCAGGAGUAGCCCUAUCUGUUAUAGAAAAUGGUGGUGUUCUGUAGCUUCCGUUUUUCGUUAGGAAACUAAAAAAAAUGUGGAAAGUUGAUUGUUUUUCCUUUUAGUGCUUCUAUGCGAGGAAAAUUAGCUACUUAAAACAAAUGUUCCGUGUUUAUCCACGAUUAGUGAGUCGUAAUUUAGGGUCAAAUCUGUCAAAUAAAUCUUUCAUAAAGGAAUACUUUCGGCAACACAGUCGGCUUGGUUAUCUUUCGAUUGGUUACGCAUUUAAAGGCAUUUUGUUUGCUAAUGAAUUAAUUAUUUUCUUAGGACAAAUAAAUUGAACUGAAGUUUAUUUUAUUUCAAACUACAUAAACUCUG